AAACUAAUUUGGCGAAUCAACUUUUCGAGAGGAAAGGUUUUUGGUGACAGAGAUUUUCCAAGAAUGCCGUCUGUGUUCGAGUGUCCUCACCCCUAUGGGAUUUCGGUUUCGGGCAUCAUGUUUAAUAAAGAGGGAAACCCAUAUCGCGUGAACCCUAUAACAGGCAAGUCCUAUUUGGUUGACCCAUCUCUCUUACCGCCGGGUGAGCUGAGGAGGCUGCUGGGGUUGCCCCCUUCCGAUGAUGAUGAUUAUGUUGAUGAUGUUGAUUAUACACUGCCGCCCAUCAUAGAACCUUUUAUCAUUCCUGACUCUCCCGCACCAUCGUCGUGGCUGCCAUUGGAAUCUCUUGGUUAUCCUACACACGAGAAGAUUACACCUCGGGACUUACUUGGCAAAGUUGGACUUCAUUGCUACAAUUUUCAAAAGGGGACAAACUUCCAAUAUAUGUGUGCAUUUGGGAAUAUCCGCAAGGAUACUGGAAUACUUCCUUCCCUGGUACACAAUUCCACUGGCGACACUUCCUUAACCGAAUUCGAAUCAAGGGCUCGGUAUAAUGAGGUUGAGGAGAAACGAAAGCGAUCUGAGGUGGGCACAGCCAUUUGA